CUUCCUUUCUUCUUGCUCAUAUCCACGCCCAACGAUGGUCUUUUGACGAGCAAUGUCAAUUCCUGAAUCAGUAGAAGGGAUUUGGAAGCCACCAAAUUAUUCUUUUGAUGAUGAACCAAUCAUAGCGUCUUAUAUUCGUGGGGAGGAUAUCGCAAGAGUAGCCGGACCUUCAUGCAAUCCAGACACAUACUUUUGGAGGAACAUUGCAUGGUCACCAGAUGGAACGCAUUUACUCGGUCAGAGUGACGAUCAUCAUUUGAAUCUAUUCAGAUUGGAUGACGACAAGUUAGAGUACGUCUUCUCCGUUCAUGCUCCUACAACGCUACUAUCAUUUGCAUGGUAUCCAUUCGCACGCCAAGAUGAUCCACAAACUUGGUGUUUUGCAAUUGGCGCAAGAGAUGUAACGAUCAAGUUGAUAGACGCAUACCAAGGUCGCACAAGAGCAACAUAUGGUAUCAUUGAUCAUACAGAGCGCUUCAAAGGUCCUCAAUCGAUGGCGUUCAGUCUAGACGGAACGAAGCUUUACUGCGCUCAUGACAGCUUUCUUUCCAUCGCUUCGUUGGAUAAGCCAGGCGUCUAUUCGCACACUUCCAUUCGUCUCACACCUUCUCCUCGUGCAACCAGGAAAGGAAAAGCAGCCGCUGGACAGAAAGGAGUCAUUUCAACAAUCACCGUAACAUCUGAUCAUCUUACGGGCUCGACUAACGAUCUUGUAGCCAUUGGAACAUUUGCAGGCACAGUGGGCAUUUAUCAAAUAAAGGGAGAAGCGAUCACCGAUGCUGAACAGCUGUGUUUGCUGGGCUGGAAGGAAGAAGGCUCAAAUGGGAUAGCACAGAUAGCCUUUCAUCCCCCUGUCCCACACAUCCUCUUUGUCACUUCAAGACGUGCUUCCGUCAUCCGAGCGUAUGAUCUACGAUACGUCGGCUCUAGACGGUCAUUCAUGCAUCCUGCUGCAGAGGUAGCACUGAUUGGCAUACUUCAAUGUCAAAGUGAGCGCAAUGAGAAACGCAUGGAAUCACAACAACGCAUUCAUUUUCAUCUAGAUUGGGCUGGUCGAUACCUCAUCUCCGGUAACAAAACGGGCGAAGUGUGCUUAUGGGAUGUACGAUCUCCUGAAUCCGAAUUAGAGACACCUCAAAAUGCGCUUAUUCCGCCGUUGACUCGUUGGAAGGCAGCAGAAGAUGCGAUCCCUGCCGUUGCCUUUCAUCCGUCACAUCCUGUAGUCGUUGUGGCAUCUGGUUCGCGGUUUUGGAAGUCUGUCGAUUCAAAAGAGGAUGAUGUCGAGUUCGAAGACGAGAAGAGCUUAACUUAUACCGUACCUGAUGCAGCCUUACGUCUUUUCAAAGUCUCCUCCGACCCAAUCAUGUAA